AAGAGGUCUGAGUUUUUAAUGGUAUGUUCGUAUUUCUGUUAUGUACAUCGAUGUCAAACAUUCAUUUCCUGAGCUGUUCUCCAGAACACAAUUUGACUUGUAAUGAACACUCAAUAAAUGGUUGCUUGGAUAAUCAAAUCAACACCUUAGUUUCAUCAAUUUUCAUUUCAUAUAAAAGUGACUGAUCUUCCAUACUCACCAAUGAAACAGAGAGAGAUGAGGGAGGGAUAGCAGUGGAGACUAAGAGGAUGACAAGCAGACCUCAUUUAGCAGUGGAUAUCCUACACUCUCCACUUCUCAAUGCUUGGAAACACUUGCCAUACUCAAAAAACAUUGCUAUUUCCUAGGCAGAAAAUGGGAGUUAAAGAAAAUCCAUAUUUCUAUAUUACAAUAACUUACACUAUAAUACAUGGACGACAUACAUUUCUAAGCUAUUCAGUUCAUAGAAAAUGUAGAUACAUUUAGGUGAGCAAGAUGCAGGAGAAGGGUUAAUAAUCAGGCUGAGUGUGAUUGUGAGAUUCAGUCUAAUAUCUUACACAAGUCUUGGGUAAUUGUAUCAGUUGACAUUUCUGUUCAAAUGCAAGGUGGUAGAGUUUUGCAGGAGCUCCUGAAACUUCCUGCAUGAUGUUAGGAGAGAUGUUGGUCCAUGUGAUUAGGCCAGAUGUGUUUGCUUAAUUGUGGCUUAGAAAAGUUAGGUUUCUGACCUCUCACCGAGACGGGGAGAUAGGGACGCUAAAUUUUAUAACACUUCUAUUUAAUAUAUAUUUAAUAAUACAUAAUAAAGUUUUUAAAAUGUCAAUUUUGUCCUUUUUCUAGUUUGCAUUAUUUUGUUUUUACCGCACCAUUGUUUUUAGUACAUAUGUUUUGUGUAUUUAAAAAACUGUGUUGAGGCGCCCUGGCUCGCCCCGCGCCAGAGGCUCGCGCACUCAGCAGGUUGGGCUGCGGCGGCGGCGGUUGUGGAAGCGGAAGCGCCGCGCGUGAGAGGUCCCAGAUACGUCUGCGUUUCGGGCUCCGCCACCCGCCGUCUCUCUCCCGCAGGUCUCGGAGCCGGGUGCGGAAGGAGGGAACGGCCCUAGCCUUGGGAAGCCAAAGCACACCCCUGGCUCCUGCCGACACCGCCCUCCUUCCCUUCCCAGCCGCGGGCCUCGCUCGGUGCUCGGCUACUCUGCCGGGAGGCGGCGGCGGCUGCCAGUCUGUGGAGAGUCCUGCUGCCCUCCAGCCGGGCUCCUCCACCGGCCCUUGCAGGGGCGCAGAGAGCUCGGCGCCCGCCCUUCCGCUCGCCUUUUUCGUCAGCCGGCUGGAGCAGCAUCGGUCCGGGAGGUCUCUGGGCUGAGGCGGCGACAGCUCCUCUAGUUCCACCAUGUCCGCGGGCGGAGACCUCGGGAAUCCGCUGAGGAAAUUCAAGCUGGUGUUCCUGGGGGAGCAAAGCGUUGCAAAGACAUCUUUGAUCACCAGAUUCAUGUAUGACAGUUUUGACAACACCUAUCAGGCAACAAUUGGCAUUGACUUUUUAUCAAAAACUAUGUACUUGGAGGAUGGAACAAUCGGGCUUCGGCUGUGGGAUACGGCGGGUCAGGAACGUCUCCGUAGCCUCAUUCCCAGGUACAUCCGUGAUUCUGCUGCAGCUGUAGUAGUUUACGAUAUCACAAAUGUUAACUCAUUCCAGCAAACUACAAAGUGGAUUGAUGAUGUCAGAACAGAAAGAGGAAGUGAUGUUAUCAUCACGCUAGUAGGAAAUAGAACAGAUCUUGCUGACAAGAGGCAAGUGUCAAUUGAGGAGGGAGAGAGGAAAGCCAAAGGGCUGAAUGUUAGGUUUAUUGAAACUAGGGCAAAAGCUGGAUACAAUGUAAAGCAGCUCUUUCGACGUGUAGCAGCAGCUUUGCCGGGAAUGGAAAGCACACAGGACAGAAGCAGAGAAGACAUGAGUGACAUAAAACUGGAAAAGCCUCAGGAGCAACCAGUCAGCGAAGGGGGUUGUUCCUGCUACUCUCCCAUGUCAUCUUCAACCCUUCCUCAGAAGCCCCCUUACUCUUUCAUUGACUGCAGUGUGAAUAUUGGCUUGAACCUUUUCCCUUCAUUAAUAACGUUUUGCAAUUCAUCAUUGCUCCCUGUCUCGUGGAGAUGAUCUAUUAGCUUCACAAGCACAAAAAAAGUCAGCGUCUUCAUUAUUUAUAUUUUACAAAAAGCCAAAUUAUUUCAGCAUAUUCCAGUGAUAACUUUAAAAAUUAGAUACAUUUUCUUAACAUUUUUUUCUUUUUUAAUGUUAUGAUAAUGUACUUCAAAAUGAUGGAAAUCUCAACAGUAUGAGUAUGGCUUGGUUAACGAGCAGUAUGUUCACAGCCUGCUUUAUCUCUCCUUGCUCUUCUCACCUCUCCCUUACCCCGUUCCCUAUUUCCCUGUUCUUACCUAGCCUCCCCCCACUUCCUCAAAACAAACAAGAGAUGGCAAAGCAGCAGUCCGACCAAGCCCACUGGAAUUAUCCUUUAAUUUUACAGAUACCACUUGCUGUAGGCUGUGGACCAAGAUGUCCAGAAUUAUUCUUGAGCACUGAUGUAAAUUACUUAGAUCUUCUUUGAGGUCAGAAUUCAGCGAUCACGGUAGGCAGUGCUUGAAUGAGAAAAGCCUCCUGGUGCAUCUUCAAAAUGAGUCCUAAAGAACAUACUGAGUACUUAUAAGUAGCAGAACAUAAAAUGUAUUUCUGACUAACACAAAUGGUCCUUUCACAUGUCUGGGAGAGAAAAGUAACCAAGUGCUUCAGAACAGGUUUUUAGUAUUUACUUCUUCAUGGUAAGAUAAUGAAGUUCUAAUGAACUAUUUCUCCCAAGGUUUUAAAAUUGUCAAGAGUUAUUCUGUUUGUUUAAAAAAUAAGAAACCUCUUUAAGCAAUAGAUUUUGCUUGGGUUUUCUUUUUUAAAAAAAUAAUACUAUGCAGGCAAGACACCGUAAAAGUUUAAUUCCUUCCAGAAGAACCAGUGGAAGAAUUUAAAUUUGGCACUACGAUCAAAACUACUGAAUUAGCAGAAAUAACGAUAUCUAAAGCUUGCCAGCAAAAGAACCCUCAGCAGAACAGCAAAAACUUUGCUCAGGACAUUUGAGGUCAAAUUGAAGAUGGAAGACGGAAACCGGAAACCGUUUUCUUGUAAGCCCCUAGAGGCCGAUCAGGGAUUUCUCCAAGCUCUGUCUGGGUUCUGCUGCCAAUGGUGUUGUCCAGUUAAAUGAAAUAACUUCAUUUUUUUGUUUUUUGAUGUGAAGAACUUGGUGGAGAAAUUAAAAUUUCAGAUGCAGAAAAAGAAGCAAGAAAAUUGCUGGAAUGACAGGCAUGAGUAGAUAACAGGUGUGAUGGUUAAUACUGAGUGUCACCUUGAUUGGAUUGAAGGAUGCAAAGUAUUGUUCCUGGGUGUGUCUGUGAGGGUGUCACCAAAGGAGAUUAACAGUUGAGUCAGUGAACUGGGAGAUGCAGACCCACCCUCAGUCUGGGUGGUCACCCUCUAAUCAGCUGCCAGCACAGCUAGGAUAAAAGCAGGCAGAGGAAUAUGGAAGGGCUCGACUGGCUCCACCUUUCUCCCGUGCUGGUUGCUUCCUGCCCUCAAACAUCAAACUCCAAGUUCUUUCAGCUUUUGGACUCUUGGACCUACACCAGGGGUUUGCCAGGGGCUCUCAGGCCUUCGGCCACAGACUGAAGGCUGCACGGUUGGCUUCCCUACUUUUGGGAUUUGGGGACUCAGACUGGCUUUCUUCCUCCUCGGCUUGCAGACAGCCUAUCGUGCAACUUCACCUUGUGAUCGUGUGAGUCAAUACUCUUUAAUAACUCAUUUUAUAUAUACAUUUAUCCUAUUAGUCCUGUCCCUCUAGAGAAUCCUAAUACAAGACACAGCACCUGGUCACAGUAAGAGGGGUGGACAUUAUUUAGAAGCAAAGACAGUUCACCCAUAUGAAAAGGAGAGAUAACAGAAGGUAGCUAUAGAUAUAUAAAGAUGAGCAGAUGUAGAGACUGGAGAUUUUGAAAUUCUUGUCAAAUGACCACUUUUUUUUACAAGUGAAAUAGAAAAUAAAGUCAUCAGCAAAGAGCGAAGAUGGGAAGGAGAGAAAAUAAAUAUGAACUGUUACUCUGGGAAAGGAUGAGAGUGAAUGGAGCAGGGAAUAUUUUUUUCUGGGAAGCAUAAAGACAUGAGCUUUGUGAUCAUGAAUUUCAGUUGAAACAAAUCAACCUGAUUCCCUCUUACUCUAUUUUAAAUUUCAGUUUUAUUUAAAAAUCUGAACAUAAUAUCCAUAAUUAUAGUAUUAUACAGAAGAGUUUCACUGCCCUAAAAUUCCUCUGUACUUCAUCUGCUCAUCCCUCUGUCCCCCAUAACUCCUGGCAACCACUGAUUUUUUUUAACUGUCUCCAUAGUUUUGCCUUUCCCAGAAUGUCAUGUAGCUGGAGUCAUACAGUAUGUGUAGCAUUUCCUGAUUGGCUUCACUCAGAAACAUGUAUUUGAGAUUCCUUUAUGUCUUUUUAUGGCUUGAUAGGUCAUUUCUUUUUAAUGCUGAAUAAUAUUUCAUGUAUACAAUACAUGUAUUACAGUUUAUCCAUUUACCUAAUGAAGGACAUCUUGGUUGCUUCCAAGUUUGGCAAUUAUGAAUUAAGCUGCUGUAAACAUUAUUGUGCAGGUUUUUGUGUGGACAAGUUUUCAGUUUCUUUGGGUAAAUACUAAGGAGCAUUAUUGCUAGAUUAUAUGAUAAGAGUUUGCUUAGUUUUGUAAAAAGCUGACCAACUGUCUUCG